AUCACAUUGAAAAAAGUUAAUCAAAUCCUCAAUCACACAAUAUGGCCUUUCCUCAUACUAAUCUCACCACAAUCUUCUUUGGUAUCCUUCUUCUUCCUCUCCUCUCCUUCACCAACGUCCACGGAGAUCUCGUAGACGACGUCUGCGCGAAAGCGCAACAGCACUCUCUGUGCCAGAAAGUUCUGAGAGCGGACCUGCGUUCCAAGAACGCGGAUCUCAAAACCCUAGGGUUCGUCGCGAUCGACGCCAUGACAAACGAAGUCAAGUCUGGGCUGAGCCUUGCUCAGUCGCUUCUGGGCAGGGCCACUGACCCCAGACAGAAGUCCCCGCUCUCUGCGUGCGUGGACUCCUUAGGGCACUCCAUAAGGAAUCUGGAGGAGUGCUCGGGGUCCUGGAGGUCAGGAGACCUUGUUGGGGUCAACAUCCAAGCCUCUAUGGCCGCGGGCUUUGCGCAGGGUUGCGACCGCGGGUUUUCUGACCAUUCCAUCCCCGAGCCUCCCCAGCUCAGGAACUCGUGUUCCACAGCGCAAUGGAUUGACGAUAUUAUUUCCGUUAUUAGCAGUCUUUCGAGGCCGCCCGUUGCAGCAUGAGAUAUAAUAUAAGUUCAAAGCUAAGGGUUUUUAUUUUGAAAUCUUCGAAUUCUCAAUAGAUUUUAGUUAGAUGUCUGAAUGUUUAAGAGAUUUGCCUCUGAAUGGUUAAAUAUUAUACAGAGUCUGAAUGGUUAAGACCUCUUAUCUGAAUUGAUCAGACAUUUGCCUCUGAAUAGUUAAGCAAUAUACUAGCUCUUAAUGGUUCAGACCUCUUACUGGUUCAGCACUUAAUGGUUCAGACCUCUUACUGGUUCAGCACUUAAUCAUUUAGAAGUUGUCAAACAGCCCCUAAGUUAGUUACACCAAUUCAAUUGGUUUUUCCU